AUGUGUAUGGCUGUAUGCAUGUGUAUGGCUGUAUGCUGUGUGUAUGGCUGUAUGCAUGUGUAUGGCUGUAUGCAUGUGUAUGGCUGUAUGCAUGUGUAUGGCUGUAUGCAUGUGUAUGGCUGUAUGCAUGUGUAUGGCUGUAUGCAUGUGUAUGGCUGUAUGCAUGUGUAUGGCUUUAUGCAUGUGUAUGGCUGUAUGCAUGUGUAUGGCUGUAUGCAUGUGUAUGGCUGUAUGCAUGUGUAUGGCUGUAUGCAUGUGUAUGGCUGUAUGCAUGUGUAUGGCUGUAUGCAUGUGUAUGGCUGUAUGCAUGUGUAUGGCUGUAUGCAUGUGUAUGGCUGUAUGCAUGUGUAUGGCUGUAUGCAUGUGUAUGGCUGUAUGCAUGUGUAUGGCUGUAUGCAUGUGUAUGGCUGUAUGCAUGUGUAUGGCUGUAUGCAUGUGUAUGGCUGUAUGCAUGUGUAUGGCUGUAUGCAUGUGUAUGGCUGUAUGCUGUGUGUAUGGCUGUAUGCAUGUGUAUGGCUGUAUGCUGUGCGUAUGGCUGUAUGCAUGUGUAUGGCUGUAUGCAUGUGUAUGGCUGUAUGCAUGUGUAUGGCUUUAUGCAUGUGUAUGGCUGUAUGCAUGUGUAUGGCUGUAUGCAUGUGUAUGGCUUUAUGCAUGUGUAUGGCUGUAUGCAUGUGUAUGGCUGUAUGCUGUGUGUAUGGCUGUAUGCAUGUGUAUGGCUGUAUGCAUGUGUAUGGCUGUAUGCAUGUGUAUGGCUGUAUGCAUGUGUAUGGCUGUAUGCAUGUGUAUGGCUGUAUGCAUGUGUAUGGCUGUAUGCAUGUGUAUGGCUGUAUGCAUGUGUAUGGCUGUAUGCAUGUGUAUGGCUGUAUGCAUGUGUAUGGCUGUAUGCAUGUGUGUAUGUGA